AUGGAUUAUCAAAUAUCAUACGAUUUGUCUAGUAUUUAUGACACAAAGUCUGACAUACAGCAAGAUGAAUGGGUGGUUUGCCGGGUGUUCCGGAAGAGUGGUGGUGCAAAAAAGUUCCCCUCAAAUUCAAACCACAGCAGAACAGUGAACCCUUAUGGUGUGGAAGUUAGCCCUAGCGUUGUGCCACCUCCAAUGAUGCAUCUGGGUGACCCUUCUGCUCAUUUCAAUUUCCUUUAUGGAUCAAGAAACUACAUGAUGAACCCUUCAGAGUUCAGAGCAACAGUUUCCAUGGCUGCCACCGCACAAACACAGCCCCUUCUGAGGCCAAUGAUGGCACCACCACAGCCACUUUCUGCUCACACAGUGGCCCAAAUGAAUCAUGAUUUCAGUUCCAACAUGGUGACACCUGCUGCUGCUCUUGCUGCUCACAGUGUAGACUAUGGUGCAGACAUGACCAAUGCAAAUUCUCAUGGCAAUAGGUUCAUGGGCAUGGACCACUGCAUGGAUCUUGACAGUUACUGGCCUUCCUACUGAAUUCGGACUCUUUAUAAGUUUCAUACAUUUAUAAAAAACAUUCUAGUACUGAAACUGUAG